AUGCAAGUGACUGGUUGUAGUUGUCUACAGUCUGGGGUUGCCGCGAAAUGUCCUUUACUUGCGCCGCAAUGUAAUUCACCGACAGCACCGAAUGAAGUUGUGCCAAUUAGCCCAUUCAAUGGAGGUCAGCUCUUGUGGGGCCAAGGCUGUAUCGAUGCUAAUGUUCCAUGCAAUGCUUGCUAUAUUUGGUUUGGCUCUCUGUGUCGUUGUCUAAAAAACUCCGCAGAUUGCACUCUUGCACAGCCAAACGUAGUGGGCGACCCAAUAUGGGCGCUACUGUCGAAUAAGGCUGCCCACGGGUUGAUCACUACAUCACAAAAGCUGCCUGGAAUCCUGCAAUUGAAACAAGCGCCUGAACCAAAUAGAGGCUGGCAACUCGGACAGUCCGUAUUGAGGAACCCGCCGACAACCCCCGCGCAAUACACGAGGAAGACAGGCGCUCUAGCUAUGAACUCGGUCUCAACGCGAACCGAGGAGCAGAUUCAUAUCCACGUGUGCAACAACCCGACUAGUGUCAUUCGGACCAUACUAUCGCGGCUGCCACGGGCCGGCUAUACGCAAUCGACACUAGUUCCAUUGCCACUUGGUUUCCCUGCAGGCUCUGAAUUGCGGUGUCAAAUAUCACCACAACCAGGCAUGGACAUUAAUGUGGCAAAUGCAAUACUAAAAUACCUGGGCCCUCUCCAUUCUUAUGGCUGUGAGCAGUUCCGCGUGGGAGCUGGGCUUAUUAUCGAUAAUUAUGAUUACACUUGGGCGUGUGUUACUACCGGCACUAGAGGGGCAGAGGACCUUUUCUGUCGUUUAUGA